GAGUCUCCCAAAUGGAUAUCCGAUGAUCAUCAGGACGUAGAAUUUCGAGUCCACAUUUGUGGUUGGAAAAUGGAACCCCAGGCCCGUCAUUAGGAUUCAAUUGUGGUCCGAACUCCGCGACGUCAACAUGUUCCAACGAGGCGUACUCGGUCUACUUUAUCAACUCUUGAGUGUGGGAGCUAAUCUAAUUUAUUCUGAAGAUCUGGGUCCAUGCUCUUAUUCGUAUGAGUUUCAACGUAAUGGAAGCCAUUGUUGGACUGAGAUCAUCCCAAAGGAUCCUCCGGACGAUUGCCAGAUUGUUCCCUGGAAAUCUGAGCUCUACAAAUGUUCGCGUGAGGAAACUCAAUCCCCAUUUGUGUUGACCACCACGGGACAUGGGGAUUGGUUUUAUGACGACCAUAGCUUAUUGAUCCAUUUGGGUACAACGUGUUUCAAGGAGAUGACUCCAUACCCCAUGAAGGUAUUUGGAGCCGCUAGUUUCUCAUGGGCAAGUCAGGUCUUCGUUUGCGGUGGCCGAUUGGACUUGAUGUGGAACAUAAUUGGCCAAUGCUUCCAUUUUGCGGAAUCCUCCGCAAAGUGGAUCUCUCGAGCUAGUCUCUUGCUACCUAGAUUCUUAUCCGAGUCCACUUCUUUGAACAACGGGACUAACACUUUAAUUUCGGGUGGUUACACGCCCCAAGGAUUUACCAGAUCCUCUGAAGUUUGGGAUGGAACUUCUUGGAAUUGGGGAGAACUGGCUUUACCUAUUCCCCUAUAUGGCCAUUGUUUGGUGGAACUGGAUCCAUUCAGACUGCUAUUAUCCGGAGGGUUCACUAUUGAUUCGAAACCUUCACAACAGUCUUGGAUUUAUGAUAGAGUGGGAAAGAUAUGGAAAUCAUUGGAACCCUGGCCCAUUGUUUUGAACCGUGUGGGAACUGCAUCAAAAUGUAUCAAAAUGCUCGACGGCAAGAUUCUGCUUUUGGGUGGUGGAACCACGACAGCCUUGAUGUUCGAACCGCACACUGAGCAAUGGUUCCAAAUGCAACCGGUUCCUGUGGAAUGUGAUGCCCCUCUUAUGGUUCGGUAUCAAAAGGAUGUUCACCUAAUUGGUGGUUGCGGUGACAUGAGAUCGAUUUAUAGACUGGAUCAUUCCACAAAUCAAUGGCUCGAUAUGGGUCCCGUGUCUGAAUUCCGCAUGAAUAACCUGGCUGGAGCACGUGUCCCUCAAACGUUCCAGCAUGAUUCUUCUUGUUGAUCUACAGUUCAAAUCAGGGGUCACUUACAUGCUUGUAUUCUUUCUCGGGACUUCUUUGCGAGACAAAAGCACGUUGAUUUAUGUACGAUUACUCAUUCAUUCAUUCACCCACCCAAUCAACCAACCCAGCAACUAGCCAACCGUAAUUCUGGUGGUGGGGGCCUUUUUUCGCAUCUGUGCCGAGUUUUCUUCGUCCAUAAAACGACUUAACCACUUGGACUUCAAUGAAUUCCCCUCACGAUCCUGAAUUGCAUUCCCCGCACCCAAUGACCAAUUUGGUCAUUUAAGUAAGGGCUCGUCGAAAAUCUUGUUUGACUGAAUCAACUCGCAUACUUUAUGGGUUGGUUGGUUGGUUGGUUGGUUGACUGGCUGGUGGUUGGGUUUCAGACUGUUGCUGUGAAAAGGCAUGUUUUGUGCAUGAAUGGUUGUGUAAUCAUCACAUAUUUUAACAUAUUUUACUCUGACUGAGACUUGGGCCGAUGUAGUGGACCCUGUUAAUAAAGCAUUCUAAAGGACAAUCCAGCUGCCCACAUUUUC